GUCCCGCGGUGGGCGUGGCCACACCGCUGAUGUAAACACAGACACACGGAUCAGAUUAGCCCCGGCUAAACACCGUAAGGCCGCACCGUCGAGGAUUCCUUUACAAACCGUGCUAAACCAUCUAUGCAGCGUUUAACUAACAGUGUGUAACAGCCAUGGAUUUCUAUAUCAACCUGAAGGUGAAUUUCAGAGGGAACACGAAGAGUUUUCUGCUGUCCGGCUCGGAGACGAAGAGCUGGGAGACGGUGGAGGCCACGGUGAAGAGGUCUUUCGGCUUAUGCAAUCUCCAGCUGACAUACUUUGAUGAGGAAAAUGAAGAGGUUUCAAUCAACAGCCAGUUGGAGUAUGAAGAGGCUCUGAAGAGUGCAGCCCGACAGGGGAACAGGCUGCAGAUGAAUGUUUAUGAGACCCGCGGCACCACGGGCAGAGUGCCUGGCCCGGCACCAGCCCUGAGUUUGGCUCAGGUGAAGACGGGCACCAUCCCAGAACCCAAGAAAGGCUUCCGGCCUCCGCAGCACUGCCCGGCUCUGGCGCAGGUGGUGAGCCGAAAGGUCCAGGCUGCUGUGCCUGAAGAGGGUUUAGUGACCCUUAAUGAGCUUAAAGGUGGUAAAGUUGAGGAUAAGACACCUCCAGCCUGGUUUACGUCUUAUAUGGAAAAGUUUAAGGACCAGGUAGUUCGAGAAGCAGUGGAGAAGAUCUGCAGGGAGUUUUCUGGUCAGUGCUGUAUCCAUAAGCCUGUUGGAGCGGAGGCCCAAGUUCCUGAGGUUUCGUCCUCCACGCUGCCUGGAGCUCCUAGCUCAGCACCAGCCUGCAGCAGCUGCCGUGGACAGACUGCAGGUGGAGGAUACCAGUGCAGUGUCUGUACAUCCUGCACUCUGUGUGAGCCUUGUAGCUUCUCUCAUGACCCCAGUCACAACCUGGUGAGGGCCAGAACCCCCCUCUCCAUCCCCGAACAUGGCUCCCCAGCUCCAGACCACAGCAGGUUCUACAGGCGGGGGGACCGGAGUUUUCGGAAGGCGGAGAAACAGCGCUUGAAGGCAGAGAAGCGUCAGCUAAAGGCGGAGGUGAAGGAGAUCAGGAAGCAGCUGAGGAUGGAGCGGAGGGGGUUGCAGUGGGGAUCAGCUGGAGACGGUAGCUCCUCUCCAGUUCUGCUGCAGCCUCGAGCCACACAGGCCAACAGCCCAGAGCGUCCUAAGCGUCCGUGUCCUCUGGCUGUGCCCGCUAUGACGGCUCUGCUGCUGGACGAGAACCUGCCAGACGGAUCACGUCUGCGGCCAGGGACCAAGUUCAUAAAGUACUGGAAGAUGAAGAACAGCGGCAGAAUGUCCUGGAGCUCAGAGACCAAACUGAAGUUUAUGUGGGGGAACCUGGCGGUGGGUUCAGGUGAGCGGUGGAGGGAGGUUCCCGUGCCUACGCUGCAGCCAGGUCAGGUGGGCGUGGUCAGCGUGGCACUCUGUGCUCCGACUUUGGAGGGCACUUACACCUCCCACUGGCGUCUGGCACACAGAGGGGAGCAGUUUGGGCCACGGGUUUGGUGCAGCAUCGUGGUGGACCCCCAUGCUCCUACUGCCAUCUCCGCUGAUGGCCUGCUAGUCUCCCCCUGCGUCACUCCUCACGAGAAAUCGGCUCGUACGCUGGAGAGAGAGGAGAAAUGUCGCGCUGCCUCCAGAGAACAGCUGCUCAUUACAGUGGACCAAGACUGUGACCAGGAAUUCUACAUUCCGUCUGUAGACCUACUUACAGCACAGGACUUGCUUUCAUUUGAGCUGCUGGACAUCAACAUUGUGCAGGAGCUGGAGAAUGUACCAAACAACACCCCAGCAGAUAUUACUCCAUGCAUAUCUCCUCUGCCCCAUGAUGCACUCCUUCAGGAGAAGCCAACUCUGGGGCUCAUCCAGGAGGAGGCAGAAGCCCAAGGAGUCAAUAGCAUUCUGGAAGUGACCCAGAGCCCGGAGUUAGGAGGAGUUCCAGCCCAGGAGAAAGGAGAGGAGAACAUCAUCAGCCGGCAGUUUGUGAGCGAGUCAGUGAUCCGCUCUCUCACACUGGGAGAGGUGUUGGACCACAGUGUCCUUCACGGGAGAUGCCCCACUAAAGUGUUGCGUCCAGCGCCGCAGGGCUCAGUGUCUCUUUGUGAGAGGAAAGCAGAGAAAGUUUCAGAAAACAGCCCAGAUGAUAGUCCUGUCUCAGAUCCACUUAAAGAGGAGACAGGAGUGAUCCCAGCCCCAGCUCAGCUCCACACAGACAUGGAGGCAAUUCCUGAUCCUGCUCCUCUCCUGGCGGUUCCUGCUGAGCAGAUCACUGCAGAUGAAGGUAACGAGUCUGACAUUGAACAGAUCUUGGUGGAUCCAGUCAGCGGUGAGCGGUUCGAGGAGGAGGAGUUGGACAGCAAGAAGAGGAAAGAGGAAGAAGAGGAGAAAACAAAAGAUGAAGCCUCAGAAGGAGGGAAAGAGACUCGUAGCAGAACAUCCUCAGCUUCAUCUGAAGAUUACAUCAUCAUCCUGCCGGACUGCUUCGACACCAGCCGGCCGCUUGGAGAAUCUAUGUACAGCUCGGCUCUGUCGCAGCCUGGUGAUGACUUAGCUGGAGCUGAUCAGCUGGACACAGAGAUCCACUCACCCAGCAGUGCAUGUGUUAGCGCCGAUGCUAAUGACAUGCUGUGUGCCUCGCAGACUCUAGACUCUGUUCCCCUCACUCCAGUCAUUGUAGCUGCACCCAGACCCUCUGGAAAGUCCAGCUCAGAAACGGAGGAACAGCCAGAAGAGCCAGAGCAACCUGGGAGCAAAGAGAAAGAGGAGCAGGAGCAGGAUUUGGCGUCCAGUCCCUCAGAGCCUGGGAGCUCUUGUCCAGCUGACUCUGAGAUACAGGAACUCAAAGCAAACAGUAUAACUGGAGGUUUAGUGAAAGGUGCUCUCUCCGUAGCUGCAUCUGCCUAUAAAGCUCUGUUUACGGGGCAGCCUGGCCCUGAACAGCUUCCUGAGGAAGCUGCCACGCAGGAUGCCAUGAUGGCCGUCCUGGUGGAAAUGGGCUUCGGCGACCGAGCGCUGAACCAGCGUUUGCUGCAGAAACACGGCCGCAACCUUCUGGACGUGGUCAACGAACUGGUGCACAUGCAAGACAACGACUGGUACUCCACCCGCUACUGACACCGCUGUAGUACUCCGUCUACUUUCUCUCCGUCUCCCCUUCUGUGUGCAUUUGUUAUUGACCGUGAUCCAGAGUGUUUCCAUGAUCCACAUCAAAGGGGAAUUCCACUGAUUUUUCUGAAUUCAUGCACCUAAUUAAACUGUUAUGAUGUAAACAGAGCCGUUCGGAGUGGUUUGGUGUGAAACGCUCAGUUCUAGAGAAACUUACCAAGUCAGAAU